GGGGGCGGUGGGGGUGUUCACGGCCGGCUAGACAUUCUGUGCUCGUGCAGGAGAAGGGCUGCUACCAUCAGGGACGUGCACGAUCCCCCCCCACCUUGUCCCCUCCCCAAACUCCAAAAAAAAAAAAAAAAUCCAAAACACACUGCCACCCACCGUGCCCCCCGAGCCCCGCGUCCAUCCCGUCCCGGCCCGGGUGCUAGCGAGCGCGGGAAGCCCACGGCGACGGUCUGUGGCUGUGCCAGGCUGCAGGAUAUUGGUCUGCAGGAUGGAGUUCCUCGGGCUUAAAGACAAGGGUGUGCUGUAUUUACAGGUGUGGAAAGACAAAAGCAACUACUGUUCCCUCUCCUGCCAUGUUAACUGUUGGGUCUGGCGAGCCCCUGAUCAGAGUUACUCUGAUCCGAAGAUUUUCGUGUUUAAGGCAGUAAGAUAAUAGCCUGAAUUGUUCAUGGAGUUUUUCAUCAGUAUGUCUGAAACCAUUAAGUAUAAUGACGAUGAUCAUAAAACUCUGUUCCUGAAGACACUCAAUGAACAGCGCCUGGAAGGAGAGUUUUGUGAUAUUGCUAUCGUGGUUGAGGAUGUGAAAUUCCGAGCGCACAGAUGUGUUCUCGCCGCCUGCAGCACCUACUUUAAAAAGCUUUUCAAGAAGCUCGAGGUCGAUAGCUCUUCAGUGAUAGAAAUAGAUUUUCUGCGUUCCGACAUAUUUGAAGAGGUCCUGAACUACAUGUACACGGCCAAGAUUUCCGUGAAGAAGGAAGAUGUUAACCUAAUGAUGUCCUCGGGUCAGAUUCUCGGGAUCCGGUUUUUGGAUAAACUGUGUUCUCAGAAGCGUGACGUGUCCAGUCCGGAUGAAAAUAAUGGUCAGUCCAAAAGUAAGUAUUGCCUCAAAAUAAACCGCCCCAUCGGAGAUGCCACGGACCCCCAGGACGACGACGUGGAGGAGAUCGGGGACCAGGAUGACAGCCCUUCCGACGACACGGUAGAGGGCACGCCCCCCAGUCAGGAGGACGGCAAGUCGCCCACCACCACGCUCAGGGUGCAGGAAGCCAUUCUCAAAGAGCUGGGCAGCGAGGAAGUUCGGAAGGUCAACUGCUACGGCCAGGAAGUAGAAUCCAUGGAGACCCCAGAAUCCAAAGACUUAGGGUCGCAGACCCCGCAAGCCUUAACCUUCAACGAUGGGAUGAGCGAGGUGAAAGACGAGCAGACCCCAGGCUGGACGACGGCCGCCAGCGACAUGAAGUUUGAGUACCUGCUCUACGGCCACCAUCGGGAGCAGAUCGCCUGCCAGGCGUGCGGUAAGACAUUUUCCGACGAGGGCAGGUUGCGGAAGCACGAGAAGCUGCACACGGCCGACAGGCCCUUUGUCUGCGAGAUGUGUACGAAGGGGUUCACCACGCAGGCGCACCUGAAGGAACACUUGAAAAUCCACACGGGGUACAAGCCCUACAGUUGUGAGGUGUGCGGGAAGUCUUUUAUCCGCGCCCCGGACUUGAAGAAGCACGAGAGGGUGCACAGCAACGAGAGACCGUUCGCGUGCCACAUGUGCGACAAAGCCUUCAAACACAAGUCCCACCUCAAGGACCACGAAAGAAGACACCGAGGGGAAAAGCCCUUCGUGUGCGGCUCCUGCACGAAGGCCUUUGCCAAGGCGUCCGAUCUGAAAAGGCACGAGAACAAUAUGCACAGCGAAAGGAAGCAGGUGACGCCCAGCGCCAUCCAGAGCGAGACAGAACAGUUGCAGGCCGCAGCCAUGGCCGCCGAAGCGGAGCAGCAGCUGGAGACGAUCGCCUGCAGCUAGAGGGGCCUGGGGAGCCGAGACUGCGGUGGCGUCGGUCGGGAUCGCCGGCAGUUCCUGUGUUUUUGUGAAAGCUCACGGAGCGUUGUGCUCGCUGGACCUAAGGCACUGCUUGGUCAGGUGUUUGCAAAACUUUUCAAGGAAGCCGUGUUCCUAAGUUCUGACCAAACAGUUUCACCUGUCCGGUGUCUCAUGUUGCCAGUAACCCCUCAGCCCCCUCUUUUUUAUGAUUUUAAUUUGAGAACUCCUGUGUCCAGUUUAGAAGUGAGAGACUUCUAUUGCAUUUUUAAUUCCUCUACACUCGCCAAGCUGGUGCGUGCACUGCACAGAGUAAUAUUUGAGUAAGUUGAUUUCCUAAUCAUCACAAUUCUAUGUGACUUCUGGUCAGAACAGCAGUUUUAGUAACUUAAUAAAAGUACUUCAUGUAGAGGCAGAAAAUGUUGGUGGAUGGUUGACCAAGAAUACUGCGCAAGUAUGGAAACAAGUUCUGGAAAUGCAGAAUGGUAUUAGAUUUAUAUUUGGUUUGUUAAUUUUACAUCACUGGUGUUGUGUUUUUUUAAUUACUGUUUUUGUGGACAUGUAAGAGUUGCUUUGCUGAAGUGUUUCUUCAUCCAUUUCGAUUUGCCCCGCACUCACCUGAAAAGCUGUAAUCACAUGUGCUGAAGGCUGAACAAACCCGCCGGGUCAUUGGUGGGCUCGGGGCUGAGCUCUUAAAUUGCGGCAUAGCCAGUCUGCACCAGCGGGAAUCUGUGGAGUGGACCAGAAAAGGCUCCCAGAGACGAGGUUUUCACAUGUGCAGGAGUUUCUAGAUCAAAAUAAUCUCUUAGUUUUGAAAUUGGAUUUAUGUUUAUGAUCACAACUAGGACAUGAACAGAUAUGCUUCUUAAUAUACAUUUGUGUCCUUAACAGAAGGUCAUCACACUUUGGGCUCUGUGCAGCACAUGGGUUACCCAUAAUGGAGAUGCAAUAUGCUUACUAAAUUCAAAAUCUUUUCAAGUGUGUAAAUAGUAGUGUUGGUCUUACGUAUUUCAAAUAAAAGUAGACAGCUGCACUUUUUUUUGCACAUUGGAUUGAAAUAAUUUCCAUUAGUAAUGAACAUCAGACUUUUUUUUAACCAAUAUGAAAGAUUGUCAGACCAAAUGUUUAUGUUUUUGGAGUGUAUUUCAUCACUGGUUGCAGUUUUAAAUAGAAGUUGAUUGCCUUUUCGUAGCCUUGCAUCAGAAUUAUAAAUUCUGUUCCAGAAUUGGUGAACCUAAUAUUCUUUUAACUAUUUCUUUAGGAAUAUAUUGAAAUGCCAAUAGUAAUUUGAAUUAUGUUCUGUAAGAAGGUAUUAGUCAAUUACUUUAGAGUAUGUACAAUUGUAGAAAAUGUCCACUUUUAAAAUUCAUUUUUGGUUGCUAGUUUUUUUUUUUAAAUACAUUAAAGUAAUUUCCUUUCAUCGUUUGUUGCAUUAAUACCUGUAAUUACUAUUGUGGGAGAAAUUUUAUUUUUUAAAUUGGUGUAUAUGUUAUGCCCAAUACUGUAGAACAAAGAUGCUACCUUUUUUAAAAAGUUUAUUUAUUGGUAUAAUGUUUAAUUUAGUUUAAAAUUAACUUAAUUUUCUCUUCUUGAAAGUUGUUUGUUCUGUACUAAAAGUAGCCAUGUCACUGUGUUUCUGUGCUGUUGGUAGAAGGGGAACUGGUUGCUGGUUCCUAGGCUGUUUUAACCAAAGCAAAGGAUAAAUUUCACAUCUUGUCAAUAGCUAUUUCAAGAAACCAUAUUUUGGGCCUUCAUUUUUGUAUAUAAAAGAAAAUAUACUUCUAUCA